GAAAAAUUAGGCUGUUACCUCUUUAUCACGUUAAAAUAUUCCAGGAAGGAUUAAAUAUGAUUGGCCUAUCUAUGGUAAAGUAUUUAUUCUUAGUCAUCAAUGGCCAGAAGAGUGUCAAGGCAGGAGGAUCAUAUAGGAUAAACAUAGCUGCCAUCAAGAAACUCCAAAGAUGAAAAAAAAAUUUUUUAAAGAUACCUACUACAGCAGUUGAAGCCUUGUGAUUUUCUUAUCAAUUUAAUGAGGUAUUCAUAUUAUAUAGAUACUGAACUUUUAUUCGUUUUCUGUAGAUAUAAUUAUUUGCAAUUGGAUUAAUAUAUAAACAAAUGUAGUUUUUGUUUGUUUCAGACUCUUAUCUCGGAAUUACAUACUUUUAAUCCAGCAUGUCAGCUUUCCAGAAUACCACAUCCUCAUCCAUCAUUUUCCUGCUAACUGGUGUUCCUGAGCUGGAAGCUUUCCACACCUGGAUCUCCAUUCCCUUCUGCUUUCUCUAUGUAACUGCCCUCUCAGGAAACAGCCUGAUUCUCUUUGCCAUUACCACUCAGCCCAGCCUCCAUGAGCCCAUGUACUAUUUCCUCUCCAUGCUCUCCACCACUGAUCUUGGCCUGUCCAUAUCCACUCUGGUCACCAUGUUGGGAAUAUUCUGGUUCAAUGUCAGGGAGAUCAGCUUUGAUGCCUGCUUGUCACAGAUGUUCUUUAUCAAACUUUUCACUGUCAUGGAAUCCUCAGUGCUGCUGGCCAUGGCCUUUGAUCGUUUUGUGGCCAUUUCUAACCCUCUUAGGUAUGCCACCAUUUUAACUGACUCCAGAAUAGCCCAGAUUGGGGUGGCAAUUGUCAUUAGGGGGACAGUAACAUUGACACCAAUGGUAACACUUCUUAAAAGACUUUCCUUCUGCCGCAGCCAUGUACUCCAUCACUCCUACUGCUUUCACCCUGAUGUGAUGAAGCUCUCUUGCACAGAUACCAGGAUCAACAGUGCAGUUGGGUUGACUGCCAUGAUCUCUACUGUUGGUGUAGACUCAGUCUUCAUCCUCUUUUCUUACGUUUUGAUCAUUAAGACUGUUCUCAGCAUUGCCUCCCCAGAAGAGAGGAAAAAAGCCUUCAGCACAUGUGUCUCCCAUAUCGGAGCUGUUGCUAUAUUCUAUAUUCCGUUAAUCAGUCUAUCCUUUGUCCACAGAUUUGGGAAACGAGCCCCACCCUAUGUACAUACUAUGAUUGCUAACACCUACCUGCUGAUUCCCCCUGUAAUGAAUCCUGUAAUCUACAGUGCAAAGACCAAACAGAUACGUAGAACUGUUUUAAAAAUUCUCCAUCCCCCGCCCCAAAAAAAAACUAGAGUCAUAAAAUUCUAGAGUUAAAUGGAUCCUUCAAGGUGAUCUUGAAGGUCAUGUUAUCAAUUAAAAAAAACAAAAAAACUGAUGCUCACUGAAGCCAACUAUAUAAUAAUUCAAAGUUUAAGACUGAGUGUAUCUAGGACACUAGCUAGUUCAAUCCUUUCAUUAUACUGACAAGGAGGCAGAGAUGUAAGAAGAGGAGAGACGAACAGCCUAAAGCCCUACACCUAAAAUUUCUCCUCCUUACUACUGUUUGUUCCAAAUGGCUCUUGCCUAUCUCUGGACUCUGUGCCCCACUUCUCAAGACCAGGACCUGUGUUUUGC